AUGGUGGUUGAGGAUACUUCAGUAUCGUCGGCGAUUACGGCGGAAGAGAAUCUCGAUCCUAGUACCACGACGAAUCCUCGCCGUAAAGAGAAGGAUCUUCCGGCGAUUGGGGCUAACUUCGGCGACGAAGAAGGUCCGUCGAAGGAGAAGAAGAUCCUUUGCGAUGACAAUGUUUCGAAGAAAUCAACCACAUUGGUUCAGCAUUCGCACUCUUUACAGAAUUGUUGGACGUUUUGGUUCGAUAAUCCUCAUUCGAAAUCGAAUCAAGCGACAUGGGGAAGCUCUUUGAGAUCCUUGUAUACAUUCGCUACUAUCGAAGAGUUUUGGAGUCUUUAUAACAACAUGCAUCCUCCAACCAAGUGGACUCCAGGGGCGGAUCUCUACUGCUUCAAACAUCAAACUGAACCGAAAUGGGAAGAUCCUAUUUGUGCUGAUGGAGGAAAAUGGACUGUGAUGUUCCCUAAGGCUAAACUGGAUUCCAGUUGGCUUAACACGUUUUUUCCGAAAGGAACUUGUAAGAACGGGUCAGCUUGUAGAUUUCGUCACUCAAUGGACAGGGAUGGUGCAGAACCUGCGUUGUUCAAUGUUCCCGGUUUAACUAUGCAUCAGGCUAGAAGUUCGGAUCGUAGAGCGAGUGAAUCCAAUUGGAGAUUUGACGAGAGGAGACACGAAUCCGGGUCAAGUUCCAGGCCGGAGAAGAGGGCACGGACUAUACCGGAUUCUCGAGAGCAUGAUCCAAGAGAAAGUUUCGAAGAUAUAAGUCUAAUACGCGAUGAAAAAGUGGCGGGAUUCAAGCGAGCGAGGCUGGAACAAGGACAUGGAAAUAUAGAGUGGCAGAGAAGAGAGGGUCAAGAGAAUGUGCAGGAACAGAGACAACAGAGAGAAAACAUUGAGUGGCAGAUAAGAGAGGUUGAUGAGAGUUUCGACGAACGAAGAUGGAGGGAGAGGCAUCCUCAUGAUCGACAAAUUAUAGAGGAACAGAGGCUGAGAGAUAUCGAUACGCGGAGGAAGGAGGCUCGUUCGAGAAUUGAACAGAUGAAACGCACUGUUCAAUUUAACUAA